UUGGUCCCUUUUUGUCUUGAUCUCUGUUUGCUAAUAGUCCAAUUUAAUCUUUAAAAAUUUCCUUUUUCUUCUUCAAAUUUCUUUAUUCUUCCUUUUUCUUUAGUUAUUCUUUAUUCUUUCGUCCCCCAGUAGCUCACUGCCACCACUACUCUCUUUCUACUAUAAUCUUGGAGAAAAAAAACAAAGAUUGAAAUUAUCUUGAAGAUAUUUUCCUGUUAAAGAUUCUUGGGUGGGUGUUGAUUAAAGUGAUAGAUUUGACAGAACUGUUACAAAGACAAAACCUUUUUAAUGAUGUCUUAGGUUUAUGUUGAAAGUCGGUUGGGUUAGUUUCUGUUGUUUUUUUAACCCUCUUGUCCGGCAAUAAAGAUUCAUAACCAAACUUGAAAAAAAAAAAAAAAUUCUGCUGAUUAACUCCAAUUCCAAACUGUUAGAAUAUACUCUUUCUAUCCUUGUUGAGUUUUGAGUAUAUAGUGGCUCGGCCACUUUUGGCUUUUACUUUCUCUAAUCAAAUUCAGCUCUCUAAAGGUAUAGUUCAAGAAUUGAUUGACUUGUGUGCUACUAGUACUGGAAAAGAUGAAUGGUGCUGUGUUAGUUGCGCUUGCUGCGACUAUUGGAAAUUUUUUGCAGGGUUGGGACAAUGCUACUAUUGCUGGAGCUGUUGUUUACAUAAAGAAGGAACUUACAUUGGACGCUUCAGUUGAAGGACUUGUUGUUGCAAUGUCACUCAUUGGAGCCACGCUUGUCACCACUUGUUCUGGAUCCAUAGCUGACAGCAUUGGUCGUCGCCCUAUGCUUAUUAUGUCAUCCCUGCUUUAUUUCCUCAGUGGCUUAAUAAUGUUGUGGUCGCCUAAUGUCUAUGUCCUGCUUAUAGCUAGGCUUUUAGAUGGGUUUGGAGUCGGAGUAGCAGUUACUCUGGUCCCACUAUACAUAUCUGAGACUGCUCCAUCAGAAAUACGUGGGUCACUGAAUACUCUUCCGCAGUUCGCUGGUUCUGGUGGAAUGUUCUUGUCCUACUGCAUGAUUUUUGGAAUGUCGUUGAUGACUGCGCCGAGUUGGCGAUUGAUGUUGGGUGUUCUUUCAAUCCCUUCUUUUUUCUAUUUCGUAUUAGUUGUACUUUAUUUGCCUGAGUCUCCUCGAUGGCUAGUCAGUAAAGGAAGAAUGGUUGAGGCCAAACAAGUUUUGCAGAAAUUGCGUGGCAUAGAGGAUGUUUCAGGGGAGAUGGCAUUGCUUGUUGAAGGUUUGGCAGUUGGCAUUGAACCAUCAAUAGAAGAGUAUAUCAUUGGUCCAGCUAAUGAGCUUACUGAGGAUCAGGAACUGGCUGCUGAUAAAGAUCACAUCAAGUUGUAUGGCCCAGAGGAAGGCCUCUCGUGGGUGGCCAAGCCAGUUACCGGCGGACAGAGUAGUCUUGCUCUUGUGUCCAGGCAAGGGAGCAUGGUGCAGCAGAGUGUGCCUCUUAUGGAUCCUCUUGUGACUCUAUUUGGUAGUGUCCAUGAGAAGCUCCCUGGUACAGGAAGUAUGAGAAGCAUGCUAUUUCCCAAUUUCGGUAGCAUGAUUAGCACCAUGGAUCCUCAUGUCAAAGAUGAUCAUUGGGAUGAGGAGAGUCAGAGAGAAGGUGAUGGUUAUCCUUCGGAUGAUGGCGGUGCAUACUCUGAUGACAGUCUGCAAAGUCCGCUAAUAUCACGUCAAACAACCACUGUAGAAAACGUGGUCCCACCUCCCCAUGGUAGCACUCUGAGCGUGAGACGGAACAGCAGCCUUAUGCAAGGCAGUGCUGGAGAAGGGGUAGGCAGUACGGGGAUUGGUGGUGGUUGGCAGUUGGCAUGGAAAUGGACUGAGAGGGAAGGUGAAGAUGGAACUAAAGAAGGAGGUUUCAAAAGGAUAUAUUUGCAUGAGGAGGCAGGCCAUGGCUCUCGACGUGGGUCCCUUGUUUCAGUUCCUGGUGGUGAUAUUCCUGAAGAUGGUGAAUACAUACAAGCUGCGGCUUUGGUAAGUCAGCCAGCACUUUACUCAAAGGAACUUAUGGGUCAGCAUCCCGUGGGACCAGCGAUGGUCCAUCCAUCUGAAACAGCUUCAAAGGGUCCGAGUUGGGCUGCUCUUCUUGAACCAGGAGUCAAGAGUGCGCUUAUUGUUGGGAUUGGAAUCCAAAUGCUGCAACAGUUUUCUGGUAUAAAUGGAGUGAUGUACUACACUCCUCAAAUUCUUGAGCAGGCAGGAGUGGGAGUUCUUCUUUCUAACUUUGGCAUUGCAUCAGACUCAGCAUCCUUCCUCAUCAGUGCGUUAACAAACCUUCUGAUGCUCCCUUCUGUAGCUAUUGCAAUGCGAUUCAUGGAUGUUGCUGGCAGAAGGUCGCUGCUGCUGUACACUAUCCCCGUUCUCAUACUAUCGCUCAUCUGUCUUGUCAUUGGUAACACUGUCAACCUCGGGAGUGUGGCUCAUGCAGUCGUUUCUACUGUUUGCGUGAUUCUAUACUUUUGCUUUUUUGUAAUGGGCUAUGGACCGGUCCCAAAUAUCCUCUGCUCAGAAAUAUUUCCCACAAGGGUUCGUGGUUUGUGCAUCGCCAUCUGUGCUCUCGUCUUCUGGAUAUGCGAUGUCAUUGUGACUUACACGCUUCCUGUGAUGCUCAGCUCGAUUGGGUUAGCUGGAGUGUUCGGUAUUUAUGCCAUUGUAUGUGUCAUUUCUUGGAUUUUUGUCUUCUUGAGGGUUCCCGAAACCAAAGGCAUGCCUUUAGAAGUCAUUACAGAGUUUUUCGCUGUUGGUGCAAGACAAGCUGCCAUCGCGAAGCACGAGUAGUUUAAGGUAACUUCUGUCGGAUUUUACAAGUGUUUAGUAACUUGUAGAAAAUAAGAUUUUAUUUUCUCUAGGUCGUCCAUUUUACAUCCAUUUGGCACUGGUAUUUCUCUAUAGUAUAUGUUCAGAAGUUGUAUACCGUUUUGAUAUGAACGGCAAUGUCCUAAUUAGUAUAUUCUAAAAA